UUUAAGAAAACGUAUGGUUUUGGGGAUGUGUACGCGCAAAAGUUUGACUUUAUUUUUUGUUAAAGUUAUUGCUUUUACAUUGAAUUUGUAUAGGAAAUCUUUUGGUAUAUUGUGACCUAACCUUCAUCGUGUCCUAGAUCUCUGAGAUGACGAAAACAACCUAGUCUGCAAUAACAAUCAAUGAGAACAGCUCUCUGGAUUGUCAUGCAACAUCUAUUCGCGGAAUUCUUGGAACACAUCUGUGGCUGCGAACGUAGUUCCCACGCAGAAAUACGUAAUCGUGCAACGAUGUUAGAGAUAACAUAAUUGUGUUUAGCAGUUAACAAGUGGAAAUGUUUGGGAAGCCUUCUCUCACUUGGUGUGUGCUACGGCAUACAUUUCGGCAGCUCCAACAUUAUCGUGGUCUAACCUCACUGUAUGAAACAACUGGAAAAUGGGAAUCACAGUUAAGGAGAGAGUCAAUGCUUGCUAUAGAAGCAGCAUGGAAACAUCAAUUGCAAGAGAUAGAUGGAAAUACAAGAUCAAAAGAUAAAGGUAACAAGGAGAAGUUCUAUGUGUUGUCCAUGUUUCCAUACCCGAGUGGAAAGCUCCACAUGGGUCAUGUGCGUGUCUACACCAUCAGCGAUAUGAUGGCGCGAUAUCACAGGAUGCUUGGACAUGAGGUGAUACAUCCCAUGGGGUUUGAUGCGUUUGGUCUGCCAGCUGAGAACGCUGCCAUCGAGCGGGGACUACAUCCAAAGUCAUGGACAUACAGCAACAUUGAGACCAUGAAGCAACAGCUGGAGAAUUUGUGCUGCAAUUUUGAUUGGGACAGGGAGCUGACAACAUGUGACCCGUCCUACUACAGGUGGACACAGUACAUCUUCCUUAAAAUGUAUGAGGCUGGACUGGUGUACCAAAAAAAGGCCAGCGUGAACUGGGACCCAGUGGACAAGACCGUGUUAGCAGAUGAACAGAUCGAUGCCACUGGGCGAUCCUGGCGCUCUGGCAGCAUUGUGGAGCAGCGCUACCUCAACCAGUGGUAUAUAAGAACCACAGCGUAUGCCAAGUCUUUGUGGGACGGCCUUGAGACAGUGAGGUCAGAUCUCUGGAAGGAUGUUGUGGACCUACAGAAGAACUGGAUCGGUCAGUGUACUGGCUGCAGACUGGACUUCCAAAUACAGAAUGGCGAGCCUUAUGACUUCUUGUCCAUAUUCACGGAUCAUCCAGAGGCUAUCUACGGCAUCAGUCACAUCAUUGUGCCAGCCAGCCACCUCUACAACACGCCCCAGUACCACACCCUGGGCCUGGGACAGGGGGUGGGGACAGGCCCCAGGGUGCUCACCGUACAGGCCGUACACCCCCUCACUGGGGACAGGAUACCCAUUGUUGUGGCAGCAUCUGUGGCCAGAGGGGCUGAAGGGUCGGAGACCAGCUCCAUGCAGUCUGACUGCACACUGGGGAUACCAGCAUUGUCCAGCUCUGACCUUCAAAUUGCUCAGCAGCUUCUGCUAAAAUGGCAGCCUGUUUACUCAGACAACCAAGACAACCCAACGAUGACAAAUUCUUACCAGUUUGAUGGAAUGACACGGUCUGCGGCUGCUGAGGCUGUCAUGCACCUGGCCCAGUCGCGAGGGUUUGGAGGCUACCCAGUGAGUUCCCGACUCCAUGACUGGCUCAUCUCCCGACAGCGAUACUGGGGCACCCCUAUACCCAUCAUACACUGCAGUAGCUGUGGGGCGGUGCCAGUACCGUAUGAAGACCUUCCUGUGGGGCUCCCUGACACCAGCACCCCUGGGCAUGCAGCGCUCCUUGACAACGACGCCUGGCAUGAUGUCAAGUGCCCCAGAUGUGGUUGUGCAGCGCGUCGAGAGACCGACACCAUGGACACCUUUGUGGACUCCUCCUGGUACUUCCUGCGUUACCUUGACAACCAUAACCUUGACCUGCCCUUCGCACGCGAGGUCACUGAGAAAUACAUGCCCGUUGACCUGUACAUUGGUGGCAUUGAACAUGCCUACCUGCACCUGUACUAUGCGCGGUUCUUCAGCCACUUCCUGCAUGAUAAGGAGAUGUGUGCCCACAGGGAGCCCUUCGUGAACCUGCUCACCCAGGGGAUGGUAAAGGGAGAGAGCUACAAGCACGCACGCACCGGCGUCUACCUCCGCCCAGAUCUGGUCCAUAAACAGGGCAGUAAGUAUGUUGAGAAGGCAACAGGAGAUGAGGUGAUUGUGCGUUACGAGAAGAUGUCCAAGUCAAAAUACAAUGGGGUUGAUCCAGAGGAGCUGUUUGCUGAGUAUGGAGCUGACAUGACCAGGCUGUGUAUCCUGUCCAAUGUGGCCCCUAAGUCUGACAGGAACUGGAAUAAUGACGUGUAUGUUGGAGUCCAAAACUGGUUGAACAGGGUCUGGUCCCUGAUUGGUCCGCUUGUUGAACCCGUUGCUAGGCAGCCAGAGGUCACACCAAAUGAGCUCAACCAAUGGGAUUGCACAAUCAAGUCGUUCAGAAAUAAAUACCUUUUAGAGAUCCGGUACCACAUGGAUGUCACGUUCCUGUUCAAUACAGCCAUUGCCAGAAUGCAUGAGAUGACCUCAGACUUAAAGAAAGUGCCCCAGCCUGUUGCCAUGGUGAGUGAGGAGUACAAGAGAGCUGUACGAGACCUGGUGGUGAUGAUCGCUCCGUCAGCGCCCAUGUUCAGUCUUGAGUGCUGGUCCUGUCUGCAGGGGGCAGGGGUUGUGACAAAGGACGGCAAUGUGCUGGAUGCAGCUUGGCCUGAAGCAGACGUCGACGCUGAGUAUUGGCUGAAAGUUCAGAUUAACAAAUCCCAAAUUAUUGGCAAGGUAGCUUUAAACAGAGACCAGUUUGAUUCUCUUAGUGAAGAAAAUGUUCUACAGUUUGUUAGAAAUGAAAACUUUUACCCAAACUCAAUAAGGGACUGUGAUAUAGUUGAAACCCAAUUAUCUAUAAGGCCGAGGUGGACUGCACGAGUCAGCCUGAUGGUCCCAGGCUUUGAUGUAAGACAGGAUGAAAAUGCAGGUAACCAGAAAAAGAAACAAAAUAAGAAAAAGGGAAAAAAGGUUGAUAAUGAAAACGAGGAUGUAAACAAUGCGCAAAACUUAUAAUUGCAGAGCUUAUGGUGGCUGUAGACAAUGACUAAUCUGAGUGUCUAGGUGACGAAAUUGUUUUAGAGUUUGUGAGCAAAGAACGUUUUUAACAAAACUCCUUAAGGCUAUGUUAUACAGUGGAUAGCAAGAUAAAUAUUAAGCCAGGAUGGAGUGUACCAUUCUGCCUGAUGGUACCAGGCUUUGAUGUAGGCCAUGAUGAAACUACAGGGAACCGGAGCAAAAUAUAACAGGAAAAGAAACAAAAUAAGAAGGGAAAAAAGGACAAGAAUUAAAGCAAACACCAAAAGUCUUGAUUGUUGGGCGGUUAAGUAUUUACUCUAUUAUUGGUAUAAUUAUAAGAAUUUCUUAAGAAGGUAUUAAUGUUAGUUUGAACUAAACGAAUUUUCAAUUUUUAAAUAAAAAAUGUAUGAAAC